UUACGGGUGGGCGGUGGCUAACUCGCGAAGGUUCCAGAGGCGCCGCGUGCUGGAGGCGAUCCGCGAUCUCACCCAGGGUCAGGUGUGCGCACAGGCUGCGGGCCUUGCGACUAGAUCCGGAGCGAUCUACUCUCAGGGUGAGCGUGCUCCGUACGGUGUUUCCUGUUCCCUUUCCUGCGCCGCUGCAGCUCGGGUCUUCGGCCUGACCCAACCGACUAUGGCUUCAGCAUUGGAAGAGCUACAGAAAGAUCUGGAAGAGGUGAAGGUAUUGCUGGAAAAAGCCACUAGAAAAAGAGUGCGUGAUGCCCUUACAACUGAAAAAUGCAAGGUUGAGAAGGAAAUCAAGAACAAGAUGCAGCAGAAAUCACAAGGGAAGGCAGAACCUCUUGAAAAUGAAAAGCCAGCAGCUGUAGUUGCUCCCAUUACAACAGGAUAUACAGUGAAAAUCAGUAACUAUGGAUGGGAUCAGUCAGAUAAAUUUGUCAAAAUUUACAUUACCUUAACUGGAGUUCAUCAGGUCCCCACUGAGAAUGUGCAGGUGCAUUUCACAGAGAGGUCAUUUGAUCUACUGGUGAAGAAUCUAAAUGGGAAGAAUUAUUCCAUGAUUGUGAACAACCUCUUAAAACCCAUCUCUGUAGAAGGCAGUUCAAAAAAAGUCAAGACUGAUACAGUUCUUAUCUUAUGUAGAAAGAAAGCAGAAAACACACGGUGGGAAUACCUGACUCAGGUUGAAAAAGAAUGCAAAGAGAAAGAAAAGCCCUCCUAUGACACUGAAACAGAUCCUAGUGAGGGAUUGAUGAAUGUUCUAAAGAAAAUUUAUGAAGAUGGAGAUGAUGAUAUGAAGCGAACCAUUAAUAAAGCAUGGGUGGAAUCAAGAGAGAAGCAAGCCAAAGGAGACACAGAAUUUUGAGACUUAAAGGUCUUUUUGGGAACUGUGAUGUGGAAAUAAUUGAUAUUUUCAAUAAGGGAAUAUUGGGGAACUGUACAGAUACAGUUUGAUAGCUAAUUAUUUACAUAGCCUUCUUGCAAGUAAAGGCAAUGAAUUCUCCAUCUCCUACUGGAGGAUUUAUUUAAAUAAAAUGUGCUUGUUAAAUACUUCAUCCAAAGAUGGUUUCCUUAGUACACCUGGUCAUUUUGUUUAAGAAAGGGUUAGGUUGCAUCCUCACUUAAAUUGUUAAAAAGCAAGUCUUGCCUAAUAAUAAGACCACAUUGUGUGUGUUUUUGUUUAGGUAAACAAUGAGAACAAAAGUAUUUGCUUACUUUUAAGCAGCUCCCACCAAUGUAAGACUAAGAGUAAAACCUUAGCUUCUGCAUAAAAUGCAAAUUUGUACCUGUGCUUGAAGAUUACAGUAGAGAUGUUGGCCCUCAUCUAUAAGCAGCUUAAGCAGUGCAUAUACCAUGCAUUACCUUGCCCUAAUACUCCAAUCACAUAUGCUUCUAAUUUAAAUAUAUUUAUGAAUAUGGGCUUGAAACUAAAUCUUAACUUGACAAGAAUAGACAAGACUCUUUGCAAGUACCAGUUAGUAAGUUUUGACAUGGAUCAACUAUUCAAAACUUUAUGGAUAUUGCAUAAAGCAAGAAUAAUUUGAAACUCCAUCUAUUCCUAUGUUCAAUAAAGUUGGAUUUUUAUGCAGAAGAACAGCUUUA